AUGAUUAGCGCAGCUGCAGCUCGUAGAAUUGUUGGAAUUGUCGGUAAUGUAAUUUCGUUCUUUCUGUUUCUUUCUCCUUUACCAACCUUUUUCAGUAUUUAUAAGAAAGGUGCUGUUGAGGAUUUCUCUCCUUACCCUUAUAUAGUAACCGUCCUCAACUGUGCUUUAUGGGUUUUUUAUGGUUUCGUAACUCCCAACAGUCUUUUAGUUAUAACGAUCAAUGGGGGUGGUCUUGUGAUCGAGUUGAUUUAUGUCGCCAUCUAUUUCUUCUAUGCCGAUAACAAACAAAGAAAGCGCCCAUGUAUUUGGAGUCUGGCUGAGAUUGUUUUUUUGGUCGCGGUGGUGCUUUUGUGCUCUUUGAUCCCGAAUCCACAGUCAUGGAGAGGUGUGGUAAUUGGAUGGUUAUGUGUCGCCGUCAACAUCGGCAUGUAUGCUAUUCCAUGUUUGGCGAUGCGCCAGGUUUAUAAGACAAAGAGUCUAGAGUACAUGCCGUUCUGGCUUUCGUUAGCCUGUUUUCUCAAUGGUCUCUGCUGGUUAGCAUAUUCGUUGCUAGGUUUUGAUAAAUAUAUUCUUACGAGCAAUGGUAUUGGUUUGGUUUUGGGACUAAUUCAGAUUAUUGUUAUCGGGUACUACUUUUUCAAGUACCCACAACCAAAAGAUUACAUUUCCUGGCCAAACUUGCCAAACUGGUGGAAGUUCCUGAAAUCCAAGAUGAAUAACAAGACUGUCGAUGAGAAGGCUGGUGGAGGUGGCAAAGUAGAGCUCACGGAUAUGGUCUAA